AUGACUACAAAUUUCACCCUAACGAUCUUGCGUCCCCUACAGACGCGUAUGGAUUCCCGGCGGGUAGCUGGAGAUGGGUGGUGUUCCGGACGGAUGUCCCACCCUCAAAACAAGAGACUCUAUUUUUUUGAGUUUGUGGGGGACAUUUUCGGACCGAGAAGGGUCCCGGAACGGAUCAGGGGGUGGGAACUGGUAGCUUUUGCGAUGAGCCCCAACUUGAGACAAUUCAACGCAAACCAGGAUACCUGCCUAGGUAGGUAG